GUGACUUACCCUGGGUCACACAGCUAAGAAGUGUCCAGGCCAGAUUUGAACCCAGGUCUCUGGACCUGGCUCAAUGUAUAGGAUAAGCAUGCCACUGCAGACCUCCCAGUCUUGCUUCUACAUCUCUUCCCUAGUUUCAUUCUCACCCAAGCAUAAAGUUGAAAUACAGAAUCAGGAGGAAAAUAAAAACUGUGAAGACAAGUUUAUAUAUUAGGCAAAGAGCCUUUCCCCAAGUGGGAUCUCAGCAUCCACUGAUACUAAAUACACCCUUCUUCCUUUGCUCUGUCCCACAGUGUUACGUUCAAGACUGAGAUUAAGAGGCUGAUCUACAUUCAUAUAGGCCUGUGGCUCCUGUUAGCUGCCCAGAUGUGUGUGGGGCAUCUGAAGCUCCUGUCAUAUGAUCAAGUUGCUAUGCCCUACCAAUGGGAAUACCCCUACCUGCUGAGCAUCGUGCCCUCUGGCUUUGGCCUACUCUCAUUCCCCCGAAACAACAUAAGCUAUUUGGUGCUCUCCAUGAUCAGCACUGGGCUUUUCUCCAUUGCCCCUCUUAUCUAUGGCACCAUGGAGAUGUUUCCUGCCGCACAGCAGCUAUACCUCCAUGGCAAGGCAUACCGAGUCAUCUUUGGCAUUUCUGCUGUCGCUGUUAUGUACCUGGUGCUGGUAGUAGCUGUCCAGGUGCAUGCUUGGCAGCUCUACUACAGUAAGAAACUACUGGACUCUUGGUUCACCAGUACACAAGAGAAGAAGCGUAAAUGAGGAUUGUCAUAUGGACUAUGGGCUGUAAUUGGGGUUGGGGCUGGGGGAGGGGAGAGGGGAUGCUGGCCCUCAAAUUGAGAAGAGAGGGAGGGUAGAGGGACUGGUCCUGAAAUAUUCUCCACGCCACUGGCCUAAUACGGUUGACAGCUGGUGCACAUGAAGCUAAAAUUCCAGAAAACCUUUUUGAAAACUGCAUUUGAAAGGCUGUGUUGAUGUAGGGCUGGGAGUUGGAUGGGGCUCCCUUUGAUCAGGAUUGGAUGAUCCAAUGCUGUGGCUUGAGCCCCUGGGGUUUUGGCUUUUCUGGAUUCCUUUUAGAGAUGGAUUAUCCUUUUCUUCUCCUAUCUGUCAUCCAUUUUACUCCUUUCCAUCCCUCAACUCCUUUCCUAUAGCCAUGAAAACAAGCAGAGACUAAGCAGAAGCUGGUCAUGAAUCAGAUAACACACUUUUUGGGAAGGAAAUAUCUGUAGGCUCUGGUCUCUGACUCCAAGAAGCAUGGCUCAAAAAAGGAACUCAAUAAAAUUCAACCAUUACCUGA